CAUUUCUGAACACUAUUUGAAGAUGCACUUCACUUUGAUUGUUUAGAACUUCGGCUCUAUACAAACCUCAUCCUUCAUUGUGUUUCUAGUUUCCCCACUUCUUCAUACAUACAUAAAUAUUUGUUUUGGUGAUUCCUUGGUCGAAGGCAAGACUGCUCACUCCAAAUAUUUGAUAAUCAAUCACAAAGGGCUGCAAAAACUCCACUAUGUGUAUCCGCAUUAUCUGUUCCAUCACCCAUUACUUUGUUUUUUCUCUUGUUUUUUUUAAAACAAUUAUGACUCAUUAGUGUUUUCACGCAUACCUAGGAAGGUAUGGUAAAGACAGAGCUGGGAUUAUUGGUACGAGGACAUCCAAUUGCUUAUGACAAUUUACAAAUUUGUAUGCAUGUCUUCAAUUUUUAAGCAGGUCUAAAUUUCGUAAUUUGGAGGAAUUGGUGUAAAGAUUCAUUUACUCCUCAUUCGAACGUUCAGUCUGCAUUCUAAAUCCCUAACAAUUUAUUUAAAAGUCGCAUAAGUCACCUCUUUGGUUCUUUAUUAUUUCUGAAUGCCCCCUCAAAAUAAAUGCUCAACUGAAAUCGCGACGCGGCUACGAUCUAGCCUGUGCUGCGAGGACUCUAGAGAGAGAAAGAAGAUAGACAAAGAGGACAAUGAUGUGUGAGAGAGAGAAAGAAGAUAGACAAAGAGGACAAUGAUGUGAGAGAGAGGAGGCAUGUGAUCGCCUCUCCCAAACCCGGAGCAUAAAGUCACCGCACCGCGUGGUUUUCAUUAGGCCGGCCCACCCCGAACUAUGCAUUCUCUAUAUGCAAAAACAUAGAGAGAGAAAAGCAGAGAGAGGAAGAAGAAAUGGAGAUUGGACCCAUCACCCCUGUACCAACCUGGAAGCUCUACAGAAACCCCUUUUAUCAUCACCAUCACAAACAAAAACACCAACGAACUCCAUUACCCCAAAAUCUCCACCUCAAAUCCAUGGGUUUCACCUCGUCUCUUCAAGCAGAGCUUGAUCUAGCGAAAACCAUGAUCGGGCAACUAAAAGCCUCCGUGCUCUCAACCCAAGCCCAACUUGAAUCGGAGCGGAAGGUCCGACAAAGGGCUGAGUUAGCGAACAGGAAGCUUCUGGGCGACCUAAGAGAAGCGCGUGCUGCCAUAACUGAGGGCCUAAAAAAUAUAGAGAGAGAACGAGCUGAUCUCGGGAAGGAGCAGGCCAAAGUGGAGAAGAUGAAGAGAGAGGUUGAAGAGGAGAAGAGAAUGCUGAGAGUGGCCGGGGCAUGGAGAGAGGAGAGAGUGAAGAUGAGGCUCAAAGAGGGACAUUUUCUCGAGGAGAGGCUUGUCGACCUUAGGCCACAGGGCUCAACAUGGGCCUCAUGUACUGGAGUGAGGAGUGGGGGGGAUGUCGAAAAUCCUCAUAUAAGGAGAGGGAUGAAGGGUUUUGUGGAGUUUACAAGGGCUGUGAGGCAGGGGGCACAAAGGAAGAGAGGGGUGGGGAUGAGAGGGAAGAGAGAGAGAGAGAAGCUUAGGCAGAUCCUUAACCAUAAGAGGCCUAUUGGUUUGUUUGGGAUUGAUGGGAUUUAGUUGUUUGUUAAGAGCUUAAUUAUUGGAAGAUGGUGUUGUAUAAUGCAUUUUGGUGGAUUUUUAUUUGAAGUAAAUGGUGUGUAUAAUGAAAUCUUGGGAAUGUAUUGCAUGCUCGAGGAAAAAAA